AAAGAAACCGUUUGAAAUGGAUGAUAUAAAGCUUCAUAUGACGAGAUUUCUUAAAAUUAUUAGUGGAAUGUGUAACUUGGACAUGGUUUUGCCUUAAUGUAAAUCAAGAUGGCGUCUAAUACAACGACGCAGGUGAUUUUAUUGGAUGACUCAACUCAGACCCUGAACAUUAUAACCGGAUUAUUGACGGUUCUCGGGAUCAUUGGAAAUCUGUUAUCCUUACUUCUCAAAGUCUGUCUCAAGUUUGUGAUCCCACCAACCUGGAAAACCGCCAUAUUUUUAGGCGACGUCGCCAACGUGUUUCUAGGCAUCGGCUUGUCUCUCUUUCUGUCUCAUGCUAGUAAUCAGUCGCUUGGUGUCUGCAAUGCAGCGGGAUUUUUUAUGUUGUUCGCCAUCUUGGAUUGCUUGACGGCUGGACUAUUGUCGGUUGUUAUUUUACAAUAUAUACAAAAUCCUGUAAAAAUUUCACAUUUUUCGAACUACUCCAAAGGUUUAAUGUUUAUUUUAAUCAUCCCGCCAAAAUUAAUCGCGAUCUGCAUCGCAUUUCUGCCUCACAUUCCGGUGAAUUAUUUCAACACGUCAUUCAGUUAUUCCAUCAGUUGUUUCCCUUUACGAGAAGCAGGCGUCACCGGUUCCGAAUUCGGCGCCAUCGUGUUUAUUCUUCUGUGGAUUAUUUUAGCCGUGAGUGUUGGGCUGUGCAUCUCCUGUGCUUUUAAAUUAUGGCGAAGCAGUCUGGGAAGAAUCCACGCGUCUUCCCCAGAUCUUUGGCAGACGCAACUCUUAGGCCAAGGAAAAACUUUCCAGAAGUUCCUGCUCCUCGAGCAAACAAUCUGGGUUAUCUCCCUUUUCUUGCUGACCCUGAUCCUCUAUACAAACACCACCCAUCUCCUGGUUCCCCAGUGGAUCGUGUUCGUGACCCUGAGUGUGGUGACGACUUUACACUGCAUCUUCAGCCACCUCCAGACAGCAUUAUGGAGCACCUUAUGCUGCUCCGCCAACAGAAAGAGUAAAGAGCCGUACCAGAGGUUGAAAAAACUACAAUUGAUUAGAGUAGAAGAAACUAGUAAACUAAGAAUGAAAGCGUCUUGGUCUUUACAUAAAGGGGUGAAUAAAAGCGGUUUAUUGAAAGUUUAUGGUGUAAAUCAUAUGAAGGCUUGGUCCCAGGAAAUAGUUAUAUUAGGGAUGUUAAGAAAGAGUCACCACCCCAGUAUUCUUCAUUGUUUGUGGACCAGCACCUCGAAUCCUUUCUAUGAAACAAUGACUUUAAUCAGUGGAGAAAUAAUAACAGCAGACUCCAGAUUAAUCUGUAUGGAAUUAACCAACAGUGGAAGCCUACACAAGUUCCUGGCUGAUUUAGAUAUACCUCUACCUGAGGCUUGCCAACAGACUAUACUACAUGAUGUAGCAGAAGGUUUAUCUUGUCUUCAUGAACAGAACAUCCUCCAUAAUAAUCUCUCAUCUUUCUCCAUUUACCUUAAAGGUUCGAUACAGUGUUUGGUUUUACGUGCGUCAUUGGGCGAUUUCGAGCAUGCUCAGAUCUAUGGAUCUCUUCAAUCUGGUGGAUCAGCACCGAGCAGUAUCAGCAAGAAACAAUUCUUUUUACCCGAUAUCAGAGCUUUUGCAUUGGUGGCUCUGGAAAUCCUUGGGGUUGUAUGCGAAAAGAAGCUGCAAGUCCAAUCUACCCACCGUAAAGUAGAAACCCAAACAUCGAUGCUGCCAGAAAAUGGUGCCUAUUAUAACUUUGAGAGACCAGAUUCGCAUCUGAGCUCCAGCAUUCCAGAAUCCUAUCGACUGCCCAAUCAGGCAGAAGCAAUUGCCAAUCAACAAAACCAUUUGAACCAACAACGACCCAGCUCUAGAGGCAGCCAAGAUCAAAUUUUGCGGGUCAAUCCUCCAAUACCGACAAAAUUAUUCGUUGAAAAAUAUGUAUCGGCAUCUAAUGUAUCGAAUGUAACAAGCCAAGACAAUCAUCCUGACAAUCGAGGUACAGUUCAAAGUUUAGCAGUGCCUCAAUUUCGUGUCAGCCGAGCUUUAACAUCACCCGUUCAUGUCAAAGAUAACGAAUCUACCGACACCAGACCGCUGAGUGCACGGAAUCAAUGUUCCGACAAUGACAAUUAUCUACCUAGGGUUUCUUAUCCCACGAAGCCGGCAUCUGGUCUUCAGUAUUCUUCAUCACCAUUUUACAGUAACCGUCCUAAAGAACAUGAAUAUGAAGAGAUAGAUGAAAUCGCCGAAUGUAUCGAAUCGGAUUAUUAUAGGAAACAUAUGUAUCCACCCAAGCAAUCUUCCAUCAUUCCCAUUUAUGAACCCUUCGAAAUUUCAAAAUCAUCGACUGACCAUUACCAACCAAAUGCUACAAAUUCUGCCGGAGGGAAUAAUUCAAAAGAUGGAGGUCGCGGGAAUAUCUUCAAUGUGGCACCGCCAUCUCAUGUACAAAAGAAAAGGGGUCAUUUAGAUACACGAAAGUAUACUCCAAAUAAUCAGCCGGUUUCCGAAUCUCUACCUGGGAUGGUCGACCAUGAUUCCGUUAAAAAUACCCCAACUCUGAACGAUUUGGUGAAAGCAAAGGAAGCAGCAAAGAUCGAAGGUCAUCUUGAAAGCUAUCAAGAGCGAAUUAUAAACAGGGAACUUCAAGAACAGAUGCGCCGUCCAAAUACCGCUCCACAGAACCAUGCGCGUCCUGUGUGUAAGGACUAUACUGGGCAGCGACCACCUUGGCUACAGAAACAAGAUGAUUUGAAUCAUAAUAAACCAUAUCCCGCGGAGCAAAAUAUUAGCGGUGCUGUUCCACAUUCUUCAGCACGUGUCCAUCAACCGAGGUUUGAACAAGUUCAGAAAUUGGCGACAUCUAGACCCCAAACUGCCAAGACCUUAAAUCAAACUCAGUAUAUUCCUGAAUUUGCUUCACCUCAAAUUCGUCCACACACGGUCGAAAUUUCGUGCGAAUAUCAAAAUCCAACAAUACGUGUUCAAUCUGCUAAAUCAGUGAAAGGAAGAACUGCGCUGAAAAAGGCUAUCCAUAAGAAUGGACCUAAAUCGUCAGUGCCGAACGUUGAAAGGGGGAAACUGAAUGCUGAUUUAGAAAAGAAAUAUUCGAAUUUUAAGCAAAUAGGGACAAUACAAGAUACAUUUAGGAAAUUAACUCAACCACAGAACGACAAGGUUCCACAAACCCCUGAUCAAACGAAAGGAGAAAGUUUCUCAAUAAACCAUCAUGGAAUAGAGGCUGGUAGUGCUCAGCCAGCUGGGGAUGAAGCAAAUUCCAAAUUAGAAAAUCUUCCGAAUGAUAAGCAAUAUGACUCCAAGGACUCAAAAGGAGGGGCUAUUCCCAGACAGAAACCAAUAGUUCCUCCAAAACCAGCAAUAAUUAAAAACAAAAGUGCUAAUGGGAGUGAUUAUUCUAGUUUUAGUAGCAAUGAUAGUUUUAAUAGCAGCAUUUAUAAACAAUCCUCCAAAACCAGCGGUGCAUCUCUGAAUAGUGGUGAAGUGUCUUCGCUUUCAUCUCAAGCCGGGCUGAAUUCCGAACAGCUAGAAAAGCAUGGUUACUCCACAGACACUCCCGUGGAAGACGUUCAACAAUCCGAUAUUGUUGCUAAAUUUGUGGAUAGUGGUUUUGAUAGUGCUUCUGUAAAUAGUGAAGUAUCAGUCGUGGAAGGAUAUUCGUGUUCGUGUCCCGACGCACAUGUAGACAAAUCGACAUGUUUGUGUCAGUAUUCAAGUUCGGGUAAAAUGGACACUGAUACUAAAACUUCUUGGAGUAAUACGGAAUCUGUUUCCUCUUCUUAUGAUUCCAAUCAAACCCUUACAUCUCCGGCCAUUGCUUGUCCUGACGUUGUUCCACGAAAACGGACCCCAUCUUCUAGUCCAGAUAUAUUAGGUCCAGACGAACAAUAUCCUCUGGGUGAAUCAGUUUCUCAAUCGAAAAAUCAACUAAAAGAUCAGCCCCGGGCCCAAAAACAAAAAGACAACAAGAUCUUUUCCAAGAUGCAUACGACGAUGCUUGAUGAAAAGAAAGAACUAAAGCAAGGCGUGGCAACCAAACGGUACCAAGAGUUGGCAAAGCGAGGGGUUCCUUUAAGGGUAUCGGUCGUGUCCGCAAAACAACCGAGUGAUGGGUCGGAUACUCUUACUGACUGGAGUGAAUUCGAUUCCAAUUAUGAAGCUGAAAUAAUUGAAGAAGACCCCGAAGAGGAGGAGAUUCUUUCAGAUUCUGAUGCUCGGGAGUUCCUUGAAAGUUUGGAUUCGUCAUCGUCUAGAAGUAGUGUAAAGAGACCGUCCCAAGCGGGGUCUUUUAGGUCUGGGCGAGUGAUACACGAGGUUAUUAGAGAAGUUCCAGAAGAAUCAACGUCUUCCACUUGUGAAGAUGAGUCAAAGUUUCUGUUAGCUAACAAUGACAAGACAUUGAUCCAAGGUUUCGCGAUAUCUUCUAGCAGUGCAUCAGAUAUGGUCAAUCCAUCAGUUGUAUGGGAUGCUGAACGUGGUAUAGAUGAAAUGUUCACCAAACCACCAGAUGAAGUCGCUGGUGCCCUGGUCGACCCAACGCUCGGGCUUGAUGAAACAACGAUCAGACAACUCGUCCAAUAUCCUCAGCAAGGUACACGAGGUGGUUAUCGACCGCCCGUCCCUGUCAGGAAAGGUCUGGAUACUCAGCAUGUUAAAUAUUGUCAACAAAUGGCGUCUAAACUUAAUCUGGUGUCCUUUGAUGACUUGAUGCCAGCUCAUGUUGACAAAUUUCAGCUACUUAGAGAUAAACUUGAAACGGAGGCGAAACUUGGUGCAGUUGGUGUUCAGCUGUUAGACAUGAUCCAGAAAUGUUGGCUACACGACAGUCCACCAUCAACAGGUCAGCUUGUAAAACAGUUGAGAGAUCCCGUUACAGAAACAGAAUUAUAGGAUACUUAGUGACUGAUGUGAUGAGUUCUAGAACCAGUUUAAUUACCAUGGUUACCAUGGAUGUAUUCAGUGAAGACAGUUAAUGAGUUCUAGAACCAGUUUAUUUACCAUGGUUACCAUGGAUGUGUUCAGUGAAGACAGUUGUAACGAUCUCAUUCCUGUAUCACGUGCUUAAUUCGCCCCAGUUCGUUAAUAUGUACCAUGCGUACCAGGUUAAAAUAUGCCUUACACCUUACGCCCGUUUUCCAUGUACUCGUUUUGGCCGGUGAAAGAGACGGUUUAAUGCAAUUGUAUUGGGACCGUUUCCAUGUAAGCGGUUUUUCCUGAAAGGCUGACAUAACCAACGUCCACUGUCCCUGAUUGGUACGAUGUCAAACCUUUGCAGGAAGUUGGUGAUAGCGCUCCACGCAUUAUUAAUCACAGCGCUAUGUUGGCCGAUGUUGUAUUUAAUGACAACAGGAUCGGGUCUACUCUUGUUUAUUUUAUCAUGAUACACAUCCGUCCUUGAUCUUUUUCAUAAUAUAAUGUUUAAUCCGUCCUUGAUCUUAUUUAUAAUGUUACACCCGUCCUUGAUCUUUUUAAUAAUGUUUAAUCCGUCCUUGAUCUUUUUUAUAAUGUUACAUCCGUCCUUGAUCGUAUUAAUAAUGUUACAUCCGUCCUUGAUCUUUUUUAUAAUGUUACAUCCGUCCUUGAUCGUAUUAAUAAUGUUACAUCCGUCCUUUAUCUUCUUUUUAUACUGUUACAUCCGUACUUGAUCCUUUUUAUAAUGUUACAUCCGUCCUUGAUCUUAUUUACAAUGUUACAUCCGGCUUGGCCUUAUUUAUUAUGUUACAUCCGUCCAUGGUCUUAUAUAUUAUGUUACACUCGUCCUUGGUCUUAUUUAUGAUGUUACAUCCGUCCUUGAUCUUAUUUAUAAUAUUGAAUACGUCCUUGAUCUUAUUUUUAAUGUUACAUCCGGCCUUGACCACAUUUAUAAUGUUACAUCAGUCUUUUGGUCUUUUUUAUAAAGUUACAUCCGUCCUUGAUGAUCUUUUUCAUAAAGUUACAUCCGUCCUUGUUGAUCUUUUUUAUAAUGUUACAUCCUGUCCAUGAUCUUUUUUAUUAUGUUACAUCGGUCCUUAAUCUUAUUUAUAAUGUUACAUAAGUCUUUGAUCGUAUUUAUAAUGUUACAUCCGACCUUGAUCUUAUUUUGAAUAUUUUAUCUGUAUAUGUUCACAUUGAAUGAAUGGGCCAAAGUAACACACAAGUAUCAGUUGCUUCAAAAUGAGUAGCAUAACCUGCCUCACACGCGACACCCUCUAGCCAUAUACUUUGUAGGAGAACAGCGCUACAAGUAGGUUUGUAAAUAGGGAAGACUUUUCUAGGAGAGCAGUAGCUUAUACGUGGUCUAGUUAGUGCUUUAAGUAUAUCAAUUAAUAUGUUAGCUUAGAAAACAAUAAAAAUCAAACACCAUUUUUUGAAAAAAUAAAAUAAAUAUUAAGUAAU